AUGGACACCGAUGGCUGUACAAGUACUUCUUCUUCAGUGUCACGCCACGGCUGUGCUAGGGUUACACAUUUCAGGACCAUCUCUUCCAACACCAGCUGCCAGCAUGGUGAUGAAGUCAACAACUGCCAGCCCACUGGCCAUGUUCUAAGAACUCCCCAGCCCCCGGGCUGCCAGCCUCUGCCUUAUUUCUGUCUCCCGCCCUUGUGCUUAAUAAGAAGCUUCCAUGCCCUUCUGCCUCUGGGUGACUGCAGCUGUGGUGAAGGCAUCAACAGUCAUGAGAAAGAGAGCCUGCAGGCCUUGAACAAUCGCCUUGCUAACUACCUGGAAAAGGUACGCAUGCUGGGACAAGAGAACGCCACACUGGAGUGUAAGAUCCAAGCAGAGUGCAACAAAGAGCUCCCUGCCGUGUGUCCUGAUUACCUGUCCUACUACGCUACCAUUGAGGCGCUCCAGCAGAAGAUCUUGUGUACCAAGGCUGAGAAUUCCAGACUGGUCUCACAAAUCGACAACGCCAAACUGACAGCUGAUGACAUGAGAACCAAGUAUGAAGCUGAGGUGUCCCUGCGCCAGCUAGUGGAGGCAGAUGUCAACAGCCUGAAGCAGAUCCUGAACGCCCUGACGCUGGGCAAAGCUGACCUGGAGGCACGAGUCCAGUCUCUGAAAGAGGAGCUCCUUUGUCUCAAGAGCGACCAGGAAAAGGAAAUCCACACCCUGCAGAGCCAGCUUGGGCACAGACUCAACAUUGAAGUGACUGCUGCCCCUUCUGUUGACUUACAACAGCUUCUCCAAGAAAUGAGAUGUCAAUAUGAGUCGAUCACGGAGACCAAUCGCAAAGAUGUGGAACAAUGGUUCAACACGCAGAUGGAGGAGCUGAAGCAGCAAGUGAUGAGCAGUACCCAACAGCAGCAGUGCUGCCAGACAGAGAUCAUCGAGCUGAGACGUGUCAAGAACUCGCUGGAGAUUGAACUCCAGGCUCAGCACCGAAUGAGAGACUCCCAGGAGAGCAUGCUGACAGAGACAGAGGCCCGCUACUCUACCCUGCUGGCCCAGAUCCAGGGUCUGAUCGAUAACCUGGAGGCGCAGCUAUCAGAGAUCCGGUGCGCCCUAGAAAGACAGAGCCAAGAAUAUGAGGUUCUACUGGACAUCAAGAGCCGGCUGGAGUGUGAGAUCGGCACAUACCGCAGCCUGCUGGAGAGUUCUGACAGCAAGCUUCCCUGUAACCCUUGUGCUACCACCUGUGAGUCUUCCACGUGCACACCCAGUCAGACCGGAGCCCUGGAGCACGCAGCCCAUGGGAGACGCGAGCCCUGUGAUCCCUACAGAGCCCUGACCCGGCUUCUGGUUAAAAUCUGCACCCUCACAGAAGAGUUCCAGGAUGGGAAAGUCAUCUCUUCCUACGAACACGUGCAACCUUGCUUCAUCACCAGACUUGCUAAAGUCUAA